AUGCGUCGCAUCUCUGCCUCCUCGCGAGUUCUUGGUAUGUCGGCCGCCGCUGGCGGGCGUUUCGCCCCCCGCACCGCCUCGGUGCUGACCACUACUACUCGCCGCUCCUACGCGACCGAUGACGCGCAAAGGGAGGCGCACGAGAAGGCCGUGAAGGAGGGCAAGCUCAUCUUCACGCUUGCGUGCCCCCACGAGACCCUCAUUAAUGCUGAGCCCGUCAGGAUCGCCACGGUGCCCUCGGCCACCGGCGACAUGGGUAUUCUCGCCCACCAUGUGCCCACCAUCGCCCAGCUCAAGCCCGGCGUGGUGAAGGUGACCAAGUUCGACGAGUCGGGCGCCACCAGGGACGCCGACUACUUCAUCAGCGGCGGCUUCGUGACCGUCUACCCCGAUUCUCACUGCAACGUCAACGUCGUCGAGGCCUUCCCGCUCGACCAGCUCGACCCCGAGAAGGCCAAGAAGGGUCUCGAAGAUUUUACCAAGGAGCUUGCUUCGGCCAGCGACGCUGAGGCCAAGACCGUGGCCACGAUCGGCGUUGAGGUGUACAAGGCCAUGUGCUCUGCGCUCAAGGUGUAA